GGAGAGAACCUGGAAAACACGAUGGCAGCCUUUCACCAUGCGGUUAAUAUAGGAACAGACAUGUUGGAGCUAGAUUGUCACCUGACGAAAGAUGAGCAAGUGGUUGUGUCCCAUGAUGAGAACCUGAAGAGAUCAACAGGAGUUGAUGUCAACAUAUCUGACCUCAAAUACUCUGAACUCCCACCAUAUCUCUGCAAGCUGGAUGUCACAUUUCAGAAAGAAUGUCACUGUGAGGGAAAAGAUAACCGUAUUCCACUCCUGAAAGAGGUGUUUGAGGCAUUUCCACAAACUCCUGUCAACAUUGACAUCAAAGUGAACAACAAUGUGUUGAUCAAAAAGGUUUCAGAGCUGGUGAGUCAGUAUAAGCGAGAGCAUUUGACAGUAUGGGGGAAUGUCAAUUACGAGGUUGUAUCAAAGUGUCUUAAGGAGAACGCUGACAUUCCCAUCAUCUUCUGUUUGCAACGUGUCCUCCUGCUUCUUGGCCUGUUCUACACUGGUCUGCUGCCAUUCAUUCCUUUCAAGGAAGAAUUCUUGGAAAUUCCCAUGCCUUCAAUCAUCCUCAAGCUGAAAGAACCACAGAAGAUGACAAGAAGCCAGAAAUUUAUUAUCUGGCUAGCUGACACAUUGCUAAUGCGGAAAGCACUUUUUGAUCACCUCACUGCUCGGGGCAUUCAGGUGUAUAUUUGGGUACUGAAUGAAGAACAGGAAUACAAGAGGGCAUUUGAUCUGGGAGCAACUGGAGUGAUGACAGACUAUCCAACAAAACUUAAGGAGUUUUUACACAAUUAUCCAGCAUAAAGGAAGAAAACCAAGGAAGUUCUUGCAAAACAGAUUGUGAGCCAAGAAUUUUCUUCAUAAAGAAAAAAAAAGGAAAUUUGAGCGGCAUACACAGAUUGUUUUGUUUGAAAGAUGUAAUUGGAUGAUCUAUUA